AUGGCCCCAAAUCCCCAAAACAGUGUUCUUCUCUCUGUCUACAUAAUAUAUUUCCUCAUUGGUCUCCCUGCCAACCUCCUGGCGCUACGGGCCUUUGUGGGACAGGUCCGCCAGCCCCACCCUGCCCCCAUCCACAUCCUCCUGCUCAGCCUGACGCUGGCGGACCUCCUGCUGCUGCUGCUGCUGCCCUUCAAGAUGACUGAGGCUGCGUACAACUUCCACUGGCCCUUGGGGGAUGCCCUCUGUGCCGUUACAGGUUUUGGCUUCUACAGCAGCAUCUACUACAGCACGUGGCUCCUGAUGGGCAUCAGCAUCGAGCGCUACCGCAGUGUGUCUUUCCCCGUGCAGUACAAGCUGUCCCGCAAGCCCGUGUAUGGAGUGAUCGCCUCUCUGGUCUCCUGCCUCUUGUCCUUCGGACACUGCAGCAUUGUGAUCAUCGUCCACUACUUACCAACUGACAACGUGGGGGGUGAUGCCAAAGGCCUCCCUGUCUGCUAUGAGAACUUCACCACAAAUCAGCUGAACGUGUUGCUUCCUGUGCAACUAGAGCUGUGUCUUGUCCUCUUCUUCAUCCCCAUGGUGGUCACCAUCUUCUGCUACAGGCGCUUUGUGCAUAUCAUGCUCUCCAGACCCCAAGUGGGAACGCAGAAGCACUGGAGAGCCAUGGGGCUGGCCGCUGUGACCCUCUUCAACUUCCUGGUCUGCUUUGGGCCUUAUAAUGUGUCUCAUGUGGUGGGGUUUGUCCAGAGAAAGAGUGAACCCUGGAGGGUGUGCGCGGUGUUGCUCAGUGCUUUCAAUGCUUGUGUCGACCCCUUGAUUUUCUACUUCUCCUCCUCAGCUGUGCGCAAAGCCUUUGAUAAAAGGCUACGGAGUCUGCAGAGCUGGGGUACCUCACUGUCAGUGUACUGCAGGAAAAGAGCUGGAGGGCCAGCUGCAGAGAGAGAAGAUGGGAGUUUAGGUAUGGCCAAUGUCAACUUCACAGGAGACUAA